UUUUGCAUCUCUAGUGCCAACAGUCAGCUGAUAUUGUUUUCCGACAAACUGUGAGUGCUCAUAUAAAACAAAGAAAAUGUCUAUUAUCGGCGCUGUAAAUGGCUGUUAAAACUCUUCUCCAGAAUGAGUGCGGUGUGCCUUUAUCUAAUCUAAACUGUUUCCCAUACACGCUGCUUGGAUCAUUACAAAAACCACUCCUUAAUUCAAACGCCGCUGGUCUAAUCGAUGUUCCUUAUGUCUGCCGGCUCCGGCGAUUUUGUGUCUGCAGCCCGGAGACUGGAGCACGAAGAGGCCAGUUCUGGUACCAGUAGAGCUCUGUGCUGCUGUGAGUACGUCGCGGAGAAGAAUAAACAGCGUUCCCAUCUCCUAGGAUGCUGUUGUAACUGCGAGGACUUUGACUUGGUGUGCACAAGACUCGUCACCUGCCGGUCCAUUGAUAGAAGAAACAUAGACGGCAUGCUGAUUGCCUUCCAGGACCGGUUGCGCCUUCCUUGGCGCGGUGGGGCCAAGCGAAUCUCGCCGGCAGCAGUGGCCCCCGCGUUCAUUGUCCCUAAUGCUGGCUUGGCCACUCUGAAUUCCAAGACAGCAGUGGUGCUUACUACCCUUGUCGGCUUCACCGUAUGGGGCAUGCAGGUGGCCAAGCGGACAGCUACGCGGACUAACUUCUUUCUGAGCUGGGUUGUCUUCUCCGUCUACAUGAUAAUAAUAUUUGAGUUCCAAGUGCCACUGCUGGAGCUGGCUCCCGAGGAAAACUACGCCCUGAUGUUUUUCUCGUGCGCUGCCCUAUACUGUCUCUACUCGACAAAAGCUCUCUCAUCGUUAAAUCUAGUCUCUGCGCAAUAUGGGACUACACCCAAGGAUGAGCUGCCUGGAAUUGCGGAGGCUUCUAGCGGGGAGGAACAGGCGGAGGCGCAGAUAACUCUUCAAAUGGAGAGUGUUCUUGAUGACGACGAUGUGGUCGAUGCAGACUCCUCUGAGAGAGCGGGCUUGAUGCACGGACAGCCCAACAUCUGCGAGAGCUGCCGGAAGGUGACUCCCAGGCGAGCCUACCACUGUCCCAUCUGCGGCACCUGUGUGAAGAGGCGGGAUCACCACAGCUACUGGCUCAAUUGCUGCAUUGGUGAACGGAACUAUGUGUGGUACAUCUGUGGACUGGUAUUGUCAGAGAUUGCACUGCUGCUGGGCGCAAACUUAACCCUUACAUCAAUAUGCCAUCCCUUUAUGGUGGUGCGACCCCUCGGCUAUCCCAUCUUGUUGCCCGACGACUGCAGCGAGGUGUUUGAGAGCUUUGAGCUCGGCAUUUCAUUUGUGGUGGCCUGCUAUGCCCUGCUUAUAUCCGGCUACAUCGCCUUUAUCCUAGCUCGACAGGCAUACUUGUGGUGGAAGGGUUCCACCCUGCACGAAUACAAACGCUCUACGCAUGCCGGUGGCCGGGGCAACCGUAUAUUAAGCCUGUGGCGAGCCAUACUAAAGUGAGCCAU